CUAUGUAGGUAGCAAAAGCUCCUGAUAUUAUACGGCAUCUUUAGACCUAAGAUACCUAAUCUUAAGAUGUGAGUGGCAGGUGUGACCUGACUCGAACCUAAUAUGAGGCAGUACCUACUAUUACAUACCUGGUAGGUAUCCAGUAGUCAGAUGGCGCGAGCUCUCUUCCUCUUUUCAUAAUCCAAGGUUAGGAUCAACCCAAUGACAGAAGUGCAAGCUGAAAAUACACAUAGGGUUUUAUAUUCGAGCAAACAUGGACGCGAAAUUGUUCACGACCCGUGGACGUCUAGCGGCGAGUGUAUACGACCAAGAUGGGAACGAUUUAGCAGCCGACAUAGACCGCUGGCAGACGAUAUUCGGGUUUACCCCAGCCGAAGCGGAGAUGGAGAUUCGCGACAGGAGGUCGAGUACUGGAUGCAAAUACCUUGGUUUCGAGCCCUGGGAAUUGAAUAAAGAUAGCUUGAAGGGGUUUUAUAAAGAGGCUUACGAAUAUGCACUGGCAACGGAGCGCUUACCAACUACUCUACGAAAUUCAACGUACAUAGAACCAAAGUCGACAUUUUUGCUCAAGCUAGAGGGCUUGUUUUCAGAUGUAGAGGUCCUCAAAAUAAUCGGAAACCUGGACAGCCAAUCUGCCAAGUAUCGUGACGGUGAUGCGGACGGAGACGUAGAGUUCUGUGUAAUUGAUGCAACCGAAAAACGAAACAUCGAGAAAAGCUUGCUAUACCACUGCAUAGGCUUUCAGCCGACCUACAUUCGAAUUUCUACAGCAGAGAAGAACCUUCCGUGGAUUUGCCGUCAUCCAACCCUCGGCGUUGACUCGACGAUGCCUCAAUAUCGGUUGCAAAGUCAAACGGAAACACCAGCACCGAUCCGGAAUGAAUGUCCCGUUUGGUAUUUCUUCUAUGGCACAUUGGCCGAUAAGGAUGUCUUGACUCGGGUUUUGCAACGAGAGAUAUCCACAGCCGAAAUGAAGCCAGCUCAGGUUCGAGGUGGCGGACUCAUAACUCGGGCUGGAAAGGACCGCGCCACGAUCCACGCUGACCUAGAAGCGUCACCGAUGGCAGGGUCUGCGUAUAUUGUCAAGACUCGCGAGGAAAAGUAUGCGUUAAGAUUUCACAAAACGGAUCGGUACGCUGUAGUGCGGUGUCGUAUCCAGCUAAUUGCUAAGGAGUUAGGUACGCUUGAAGGAAUGGAUAGACUUACCUUUCUAUUCCUGGGAUAGGCUAAGGCUCAUCUCUUUGCAUCAUGGCCAGGGAAGUUUGCGAAUAGGAAAUAGCCUAAGGUGAGCCCUCUACCUACCGAUCAAGUAUAAAUACUUUUUUUCGUGACUAUUCACGGCCCGGUUUAUCGACUUAUACGUAUCUUUUCGGCGGGACCGGCCGGCAGCAGUAUCAGACCUAAGUACUGGGGAGUCUACCUAGUAGGUUAAGAAAGCCGAGCACCCAGCUGGAGACUUCAACUUUUCAAGCUAUAACACUAGGUGACAGGAGGUUAGAGAAAGCCAUCACCGGGAGGUCAGUGACAUUGUAGUCUUCCUUGUGUGGGGUGAAUGGCCUAGGAUGAUGUAGGAUCGCCAGGGCAAUGAAUAUGUACCCCACCCACCUGAGCUUACAUAGAUCGUUGAAGUCUUUUUAGAGUUUCAGCCAUCGAUCUUCGCCGUACUGCGCCGUACAAG